AUGCUGUCUCCUCGUAAACGCGAUUUCGGAUCCCCCAGAUCUCCUCGGACUAUAGCUCCAUUAAAUGGUCUCUUCAAAGAGAACGCAUGGCACUGCAACUGUCCAGCCCGUGAGCGAGCUAUCAGAUUUCAAGUGAAGAAAGAAGGGCCAAAUAAGGGCCGGUGGUUCUACACAUGUCAGAAACUACCGAAUCAGCGGUGCAAGUUCUUCCUAUGGAACGAAGACGCGGAGGUCCGUGAGAAGACCGUUCUCAUGGCCAACACCGACUCAGAAAUAGACCUCCGAUCUCAACAUUCCUUUAAUACACCUCAAACUCCGACCAAGUCCACCCAAUACUCUAACGGUUUACUCACCCCACAAACCGAGCGCAAAAUACUGGACUUGCCGCCGUUCCAGUCUGCCCCUAAACCCAGCCCGGUUUCGAUGACACCAAAAGCCCGGAUGAUGGCCGAAGAUACCGAUGAAUUUGGCUGGGACCUCGACUCAGAUGACAAUGCUGAACUCGCACAAGCAAGUCAGUGCGCUGAAGAGUCCUUCAUAUCACAACCCGACUUCUAUGGCGCCACCUCCCCGAACAAAGCACCCCGCACCCCGCAAAGGACGUCCCCAGGCAAGCGCAAGCUUUCUGAAUAUGCAUUUGACAAGGGAAACUCCACCUCUGGCUCUCCAGUCAUUGCGACGCCCGGUUCUUCAUUCUCAUCUCGAGUUCCGCCUGCAUCGGCUGAGAUGUGUCUGACGCCCACACCCAGGAGAUACCGGGAUGAAGAUGUACUGAGUGUCGACUCGCGAUCUAACACCUCUAGUCUGGCCAAGGAUCUUCUGGCGAUCUUGGAGAAACACGACGCGGUUAUUCCCAACAAGGCACGAGAUGAGCUUAUUUCGCGUAUCAAUCUUGAAGACUCGAGGUUCAAGGGCGCGGUUCGCGCGAGGGAUAUGCUUAGGGUAGCAAUGAAGGCGAAGGAUAAAGAGAUUUUGGAGCUCAAGGAAAAGAACACGAACUUGAAAGCUCAGGGCCAAAUGGAUCAGAGCAUGAUCAAUUCUUUCAGACGCUGA